CUGAACGAUCAUUGCAUUUCACUUCCCCUCGCCAGGUGAAUUCCUCACACAAGAUGAGCACGUUACUCUACAACACCGUGGACAGGCUGGAUCGGCCCAGUGCCUAUUAUGUUGGAAAGAAAAAGCGCAGAUAUCAGGAUGAAAUGGAGGAACAAGAGGAUCAGAAUGCCAAGCUGAGAGGUGCGACAACUCUCUAUGUUGGUAAUCUCUCGUUCUAUACGACUGAAGAACAGAUCCAUGAACUUUUCUCCAAAUGUGGAGAGGUCAAACGGUUGGUGAUGGGCCUCGACCGCUUCAACAAAACGCCCUGCGGAUUCUGCUUUGUGGAGUACUACACCCAUCAAGACGCUUUGGAUUGUUUGAAGUACAUUGGAGGUACCAAGCUUGACGAGAGAAUCAUUCGCACGGAUCUGGACCCUGGGUUUGAGGAAGGACGACAGUAUGGUCGGGGUAAGUCUGGUGGCCAAGUUCGUGAUGAAUACAGAGAGGAAUACGACCCGGGCCGCGGUGGCUAUGGUCGGGCAUAUGCAGAUGAUCAGCGACAACGAGAAGAAGAGGAAUACGGGCAAGGUAAAUGAAUUGGGAACGCUUUUUAUUCCAAUGGCGCAUGUACGGCGUUUGCAUCAUAUCUAUUCUAUCAAACAAUUGGCGCAUCC